AUGCUCGCCCACGACGAACAGGAUCACGAUGCAGCCAGGCUCUUAACUCACUUCUCGUCAACAAGUCAUUCAUCGAAUGACUCGCCAAACAAAGCAAGAACUAGCAACUAUCACCACCAUCGACUCGAAGCGGAAAACGAAUCUGCCCCAUCAUCAGGACAAGGUUAUGCACGAAUCAUAUCCGAUUCAUUUAUAUAUACCGUGAUGAGUGCUCAAUGCACUUUUGGUCGCAAACUUGCCAACUCAACCGUCGAUAUACCGUGGUCUGAAUCCAAGUCUAUAUCUCGACACUUGGGAACUAUUAGAUAUAACUUCGCCAGCGAGUAUUGGGAAAUAGUAUGUGAGGGUAAAGGAGGCAUUAUUGUUGAUGGACUUGUGUUGGGAAAACCAACAGAAAAUGGACGCACGCAUUACACUGCUAUACUUCACCACAAGUCUAAAAUUGAGGUUGGAGCAGUUCCUGCGAUCUUUGAGCUCUGCACUGCACAGGUAGAGCUGGAAGUAGAAGAAGAUGAUGAUGCAGGUGUACAAGACGAUGAAACUGUCGCGGUCGCAGCAGGAGCUCCUCUAGAAGGCAGAAUACGAAUAGAUCACGACGACGAAAGCGUAUUGCUACACCAACACCAGCAAAUGCCCGCAUUAGAAGACGACGAAGAAGACCAUGAAAUGAUACAAACAUCACACAUGGCUCAGAACCCGAUACAUCAAAUACCGCUAAACCACUCUAUAAUGUUACCGCACGUAAGAUCGCAUCAGCAUCACGACCCCUUUGUCGAAUCCUACGAACAUUCAGUAUCUCCAGCAGCAACAUAUGGGGGACUAGCCGGAUUCCAUCCUCCACCUGCUCCUCUCGCUCACUUGGCGAUGUCGAUAGAUCCGGAGGAGCACGACGGAGGCGACGAGCAACAGGAAGAUGAAGAAGUAGAAUAUAACGAAGACGAUGAAGGUGGCGAAGGAGAAGAAGGAGGGGGAUAUGACGAUGAUGGUGAUCAAAAUAGUCAAGAGGACGGUAGCGCUGACGUUGAAUUUGAUCCUGAUGGUGGGGGACAACGUGGUGGUAUGGUCGGUGCCACUCGUGGGUCUAAAAACGGCAGCAAGAGAGUGAAGAAGGGAACUCAGAAACGAAUUAAAUUGCCUGGUCAACCUAACUUGUCGUACGCAAGUUUGAUUGCUCAAGCUUUGAAGAGCCAUCCGCUGGGGAAGAUGACUGUUAAAGAAAUCUAUGACUUUAUCAUGAACGCGUACCCAUGCUUUGAAAAAGGUUCUGGUGGUUGGCAAAACUCUGUGAGGCAUAAUCUAUCACUCAAUAAGGCCUUCAAAAGAGUAUCUCGAGCAGACGGUAGAAAAGGAGCUUGGUGGAUGGUCUCACCAGGAACUGAUCAUUUAUUUAAUGGAUUUGUGUAUAUUGGUGGUGCCGUAUCGCGUGCUCAAUCAGCAGCACAUAAAAAAGCCACGUCAGAAUCACAACCACGGCGUAGACGGUCACGAGCAACAUCUCGGAAACGUAAAAACUCGGUCAAGGGUGGUGAAUCUCAUGCAUCUGGAAGUGAAGAAGUAGCCACACAGCACGGAGAAGACGACGAUGAAGAAGGUGAUCAUCAUCAGGAUAAUACUCUACCUUCUAAUCUAGAUGGGAGUGGUCCCUCAAAUACCAAGAUAGAUCUCUUCCCAAUGUUGUUGGAGGAUGGAAGUGUAGAUGGUCAUGGCUCUACCAAUCUGGUUAUUCCAGCAUUUCGUGGUGGUGCCUCAAUCACACCAUUCCGUGAAGCGGCCUUGAAUAACACUAAUAGUAGUAGUAAUAAUAGAGGAGACAAGCAUAACAAUUCCAAUAAUAGCAAGAAUAUGAAUGCACCACCACCAUUACCUCCACAACAACAAUCACUACCACCAUCACCAUUACCACAACCGCAGCAGACUCUACCACCAAUACUACCACCACAAUCAUUUGUAUAUCCAGUAUUACCUACUCUACCUGGUCCCGGUGAACUCUAUCAUGGCUUUUAUAGUUUGAAUCCACCACCAUUUCAAUCCAUGACGCCCACGCCUGCAUCAUUAAACGUUACGCUGCCGCCACCGAUGGAUACUGAGCAUCCAAUGACGUUGCCUCCUAUUCAGUUAUCGCCACGAGGAGUAGGAGGACAGAAUGUGACGAAUGCAGCACCAACAACAGCAGCUUCAACAGCUACAAUACAUAUGCCGCAUUAUCGGUAUCAUAAUGAAGGUGGGGCAGUAGGAGAGGAUUUGAUGAGUAUGCCUGUUGUGCCGAGUAUGACGAGUGCGUUUGCUAUCAAUCCGUAUAACUAG